AGCAGCAGCAUUAUAAUCAACUGAUCGUCCUAGGCACUCGUUCUCUUUCUCUCUCUCGCAGUGGAGGUUCAGGCAUGGCCGAAGCUGCAGAGCACCGACAAGUCGUCGGUGGGUCUCCGCGAUACGACCUGAUCAUACUGGGAGCCUCUGGAUUCACUGGCAAGUACGUCGUGAGAGAAUCCCUCAAGUUCCUCGCCCUCAACACUCCCUCCUCUCCUUUCAAAUCCAUUGCCCUAGCCGGCCGCAACCCGACCAGGCUCGCCGACGCUCUCCGGUGGGCCGCACACCCCGAUCCCCUGCCCGAUGUCGCCCUCCUCGCGGCCGACGUCGGCGACCCCGCUUCCCUCCGCCGCAUGUGCGCCCAGACGCGGCUUGUUCUCAACUGCGUCGGCCCCUUUCGCCUCUAUGGUGAGCCUGUCGUCGCCGCCUGCGUGGACUCUGGUUGUGAUUACUUGGAUAUUUGUGGGGAGCCUGAGUUCAUGGAGAGGAUGGAGGCUAAGUACCAUCAAAGAGCAUUGGAGAAAGGUUCUUUGGUUAUUUCGGCAUGUGGCUUUGACUCUGUUCCAGCUGAAUUGGGCUUAAUGUUUAACUCCAGACAGUGGACAGAACCCGCUGUUGUGAACCAGGUCGAAGCAUACCUGAGUCUGGAGUCUGAAAGGAGAAUUGUUGGGAACUUUGGAACAUAUCAAUCAGCAGUUUUAGGUGUGGCCAAUGUGGAAAAAUUGCAGGAACUGAGGCGAUCCAGACCCAGAAGAGCUAGGCCUGUGAUUCCUGGACCUGCUCCUUCAAAAGGAUCGAUUGUAGAGCACCAGAAUAAGAUUGGUCUUUGGGCUGUAAAGCUACCCUCAGCAGAUUCGGUGGUGGUUCGCAAAACGCUAUCCAUCUUGACCGAAAAUCCUCAUGGUCUUCCUGGUGCUAAUGAAGAUGCUGGGCAUAUUGAAAAGAGGAAGGCCUUUUGGUCCACCAUAAAACCUGCACAUUUUGGGGUGAAAAUGGGCUUAAAGUCCUUGUUGGGUAUAUUUAGAUUAAUAAUCAUUGGGAUGUUUAUAGGGGUCUUGGGUAGAACUGCUUUUGGGAGAUGGCUUCUCCUAAAAUUUCCCUCAGUUUUCAGCUUGGGGUGGUUCAGAGAGAAAGGUCCAACUGAAGAUGAGGUGGAAUGUGCUUCAUUUAAGAUGUGGUUCAUUGGACACGGUUACAGCAGCAGAGAUGCGGCUUCACAGAGUAAUGCUAAACCAGACAUGGAGAUAAUAACGAGGGUGACAGGACCUGAGAUUGGCUAUUUGACCACACCCAUAAUUUUGCUUCAGUGUGCUCUUAUUCUUCUGAGUGACCGGGAAAACCUACCCAAGGGUGGAUCAUAUCCGCCAGGAAUUGUUUUUGGCCCUACAGAUCUCCAAGAACGACUUGAGAAGAAUGGGAUAUCAUUUGAUGUCAUUUCAAAGGGUGCCGCACAUGCUUAACAGGAGCUGAUUCUCAUCAUUACCAUAUUUUACUGUCCUUUUUUUUUGAUCUAACUCGUGAGGUUCUCCCUCCUCUUUAUUCACAACGUCGGCUUCAUCAUCACCCUCCGCCUAUCUCCGGCUUUGCUGUCGCUCGUAUCCAGUGGCUCACUGAGGAGCGGAACUCAUCUGUCUCCAGAGCUCCCUCCGCUAUAGUUGAUUUGGUUUCGCAUGCCUCCAAAUGUCAAUCUAUUGCUGCUGAAGCUAUCAAAUAUGUUUUUGAUGUUACUCUGCUUGCAGGCGUCUGCGUAUGCAGUUUAGUGUAAUCUCGCGAUUUUUCUGGUGCAAACUUGAACAUUGUGAAGCGGAGAAUGUUUCUGACACAGAAAGACCGGCAGUGGAA